AUGAUAGCCUCGAUCCUCUGCUUUUGCUUUUCUACAUCGUCGAUUUUUCGGCGAUCUGCCUGGGCUGCAAAGAACUUUCAAGCAAAGUACUCAGGUCUCUUGAACAUCUCGAACCUUCUCGACGAUCCCCUAGAAAUCUGUGACGACUCGUCGCGAAUUACGAAUUCGAAAGUGCAGAAGGACUGCUUCACUGAACCGGCGUCAGGUCUUGUGAUUCUCGACAUGGCUUUGAAUGUCGUUCUUACAACAGAAUUCCUUUUAAAGGUCUUAUUGGCGCCAGACAAGCAUAAAUUUCUCACUUCAAUCGUUUCCAUAAUCGAUAUGGUCAAUCUUUUCACUUACUGGAUCUACAUCAGUGUUUUUUAUUUUACCUACUACCACAAAAAACAAAGUGCUGCUUCAUUUGAUCCGACCAAAAUGAUGGACAGACCUCCAAACAACUUGUGGCUUUUGAAUAUACUCUCGAUGACCCAAAUCAUGCGAAUCUUGAGGAUUUUUAAAGUUUCGAAGAUAUCCCGCGGUCUUCGAGUCCUAAUGUUGACUGUGAAGAAAUCAAUCCCCGAACUGAUGCUCUUGGCAUUUCUUCUGAUGAACGGAAUGUUCAUGUUCUCCUGCAUGAUUUAUAUGGCCGAGUACAGUGUAAAUGACACUUUUGCGGAUAUUCCAGAGGCAUUUUGGUGGUCCAUCAUAACUCUCACAACCGUGGGCUACGGUGACACUUAUCCGAAAGGCACAGCGGGCUACAUUGUCGGCUCAAUGGCCGCCAUAUCGGGAUGCAUUGUUACCGGUCUGGCUAUUCCCAUCAUCGGAAACAACUUCAAUACCUACUAUAUGUACAUGAAGAACCAACUAAAGGAGGAUAAGUAUUUAAAGGAAUUACGAAGAGAUAUUAAUUCUGUUGGUGGAAACAACAUUAUGAAAGGCUUGGGUGGAUUUGCAGAAAAGACGGGCAUUCCAAUGCUCCAUAGAAAAUACAGACAAUUUCGCGGUGAUAAGCAAUACCCCGUUAGCAAUCGCAUAGCUAAUACAACCGCAGCAAAACGAGAAGAGGGCCAUCGUAAAACAAAACCUAUGCUCUCUCCAACAAGAAAGAAGAAUUUUCCCUUUAGUGAAACUUCUGACAAUUUAAAGAUGAGUCUACUUAUGAGUUCAGGAAGUAGGUCAGCCGGAGGUGAACCCAGUAAUCUUGGAGACAAUACACGAACAACCACACUAGAGCGUGUAUCCCUCGGCGACUCGGCAGACCAUAGACAAAGCAUUGGCAUGCACUCCGAUCCCAUUGCUGAUCGUCGAACAAGCAUGCUUCAUCCUUUGGCCACCGAUGGAUUGUUAAACUUGAUUCCUUCCUCUGAGAUACAUACCUCCGGCAGUUUGAUACGACCAGAGUGGGAAGAGCCCAGUGAAAUGGAAUUGGAAGAAAUUCGAUGCAUACACGCGGCGUUGAGGAACCGAGGUCCAAACAAUGCGGACCGGGAGAGUUUCAGUAGUGAUAUCGACCCGCAUCCGAGCGGAAUGUCUUUCUCCGGUUUCACCGCAAGUCUCAAUGAGCAACACAACGACAGUUCCUUCUAUGCUACAGCAGAUUUCUGCAAGCUCAGUCCCCUAGCAGAUAAUACUGGUCUGAAACGCAACUAUGUAUGA